AUGUCUUCAACGCACCAUCACAGAAGUACGACGAAGGUCGAUCACAAGCCUUUCAAGUCCCGAUUCUCCUCCAAGAGCGCCUUGAAGGACAAAGCAAAAGGCAAGGUUGAAAAUCAUAGAGUCGAGAAGGGUCAGAGAAAAACUCCGCAUCAACAGAUCAUGUCGAAGCUCGCAAGGCGCAACCAGGCGAAACAAUUGCGCAUGCACCACAAGGACAAACGGGAGGGAGACGAGAAUCUAUUCCAAGGUGUGGAUGGUGCGCCUAAGCAUAUAGCUGUUGUGCCGUUGUCCAGAGACAUUGAUGUUCACUCCGCUAUUCGAUCAUUGAACGAGAGUGUCGACCUUCCUGGUCCGGAAUCGACCACUGGCACUAUCCCCGUCCGAAUCGAAAGGUUUCGCCGCAAUCUACUAUACCUGCCGUCCUCAUUCGACCUCCUUACCGCACUGGACGUUUGCAAACUGGCGGAUUGGGUGGUGCUCGUGCUUGAUGCAAAUCAGACGUUCGGACAAGAGGAGGACAAGUUUCUGAAAGCGCUAGAAGGCCAAGGCAUUACAAAUGUCACGGCUGUGGUCAAGGACGUCGAAUCCAAAUUGCCGACGUCGAAGAGGUCGCGGCACCUUACCGACUUGAAAAUUUCCGUUGGCCGAUAUUUCCCAGCUUUGGACAAAUUGUCCAGCCUUGACAACAAAGCCGAUUGCGCGAACUUGGUCAGAAGUUUGUGCACCGCUUCCACCAAAGGGAUCCGCUGGCGCGAUGACAGGAGUUGGAUGUUGGUUGAAAACGUCAAUUACCGUCCCCCAGCCGCAGGUGCUUCCACCACUUUGGUCACACUUACAGGAACUAUACGUGGGAAAGGACUGAAUCCUGAUCGACUCGUCCACGUCCCGGAGUGGGGGGAUUUCCAGAUCAACGCGAUCAGACAACUACCCAGUCAAGGGCGUAGACGCAAAGCAGACGAGAUGGAAGCAGAUGAACCUUUGAGCGAAUGGAAGCCCACGGCCGAUCAGGACGAUCUAGCAGAAUUGGCGCCAGAACAAGCGGAGAUGCAAGACGUUGCCAGUACGGCUGCGGCGACCGAACACAAGGGUGUCCUCCUGGAUGACCACCAUUAUUUCUCGGACGACAAUUCCCACAUCCCUCCCCCGCCCAAGAAACUGCCGAAAGGAACUUCCAGCUACCAGGCUGCAUGGUACCUAGACGACGUGUCCGACUCCGACUCAGAUUACCUCGACGAAGACAACGACGGUGAUGUGGCAAUGGAUGCUGAAGAUUCACAGGGUCCAGAAGACGGAGUGGUUGUCCAUGGAGAUGCCAUGACUGAAGGCGGCGCGUCGGAGUAUCCAGAGUCGGAAAUGCAUGUGGACGCCGACGACGAAGAAGAAGCCCGACAACUGGAAGAGUUCCGGUCCAGCCGAAAGCAAGAAGCCGAAGAGGAUCUCGAGUUCCCCGAUGAGAUCGAGCUACAUCCCGACGUCCUAGCCAGGGAACGACUUGCCAAAUACCGGGGCUUGAAGAGUCUUCGGACAAGUGAAUGGAACCACGCGGCAGACCAGCCCUACGAACCUUUCGACCACAAACGCCUGCUCCAGGUUGCCGACUACAAGAAAUCACAUAGUGCAGCGCUCAAAGAGUCUCUAGCUGGCGGUGUCCUCGCGGGGACAAGGGUUGAAAUCGAAUUGCGCGACGUGCCGGUGUCUCUCGCAUCCAAGCCUCCACCUGCAUCCCUGUUCUCACUCCUGCGCCAUGAGCACAAACAUGCGGUCAUCAACCUUAACCUGACGCUGCAUUCAGACCUCGAAGGUCCCAUCAAAUCCAAAGACGAACUGAUCGUCCAGAUCGGCCAUCGGAGACUUGUGAUCAACCCGAUCUUCUCUGCGGCUGGCCAGACGCCGAACGAUGUCCACAAAUUCGACCGAUUCCUGCAUCCUGGCCGUACAGCAAUCGCCACAUUCACCGGUCCUUUGACAUGGGGUUCCGUGCCUGUUUUGGUGUUUCGCCGGACAGCGAGCAAGGAUACUUCAGACGACAGCGAUGCGCCAGCUCUGGUGGAUACUGCCAAUAACCCCGAACCUCAAUUACAGCCAUCAGACUUUGAACUGAUUGGCACUGCAACAACGCUUCCGCCCUCAUCGUCUCGCGUGGUAGCCAAACGCGUGAUCCUGACAGGCCACCCGUUCAAGAUCCACAAGAAACUCGUGACGGUGCGAUACAUGUUCUUCAACCGCGAGGAUGUGACCUGGUUCGCUGCCUUGCCGUUGUGGACGAAGCGCGGUCGCCAGGGCUUUAUCAAGGAACCACUAGGUACGCAUGGUUAUUUCAAGGCCACCUUCGAUGGGAAGAUCAACCCGAUGGACGCAGUCGGUGUGAGUCUGUACAAGAGGGUAUGGCCUCGGCCUGCGAGGGUGUUGGAAGCAUGA